UUGAUUUUUGGCGGCAAAUUGUUAUUUACCAUUAUUUUUAUUUAUUUUCGCAAAUCAGCAACGAAAUGGCUGAUUUCGGCAAAGCCAAAGUGCUUCAAAACACAGGGAAAUUCGUGAGCGAGAACAGAACUGAGGGGGACGACUUCUUCAACGAGGCAGGCUACCGCCAAUCUCGAGAAAAUGAUAAAAUCGACUCGAAAUAUGGCUUUGAUCGGGUCAAGGAUAGUCAGGAGCGGACAGGAUACCUCAUUAACAUGCAUUCGAAUGAGGUGCUCGAUGAGGACAGGCGACUCAUCGCAGCCCUAGAUCUGUUCUUUAUCCAAAUGGAUGGUUCUCGAUUCAAAUGCACAGUGGCGUAUCAGCCGUACCUGCUGGUCCGUCCGGAGGACAACAUGCACCUGGAGGUGGCCCGAUUCCUGGGCCGCAAGUACUCUGGCCAGAUCUCCAACCUGGAGCACAUUAGCAAGGAAGAUCUGGACUUGCCCAAUCACCUGUCUGGCCUGCAGCAGCAGUACAUCAAGCUGUCCUUUCUCAACCAGACCGCCAUGACCAAGGUGCGCAGAGAACUGAUGUCCGCUGUGCGCAGAAAUCAGGAGCGCCAGAAGUCCAACACUUACUACAUGCAGAUGCUGGCCACCUCGCUGGCCCAGUCCUCGGCUGGCUCCGAGGAUGCUGCGCUGGCCAAGCGGCAGCAAGACUACAUGGACUGUAUAGUGGACAUCCGAGAGCACGAUGUGCCCUACCACGUGCGCGUCUCCAUCGAUCUUCGCAUCUUCUGUGGCCAGUGGUACAACAUCCGCUGCAGGAGCGGUGUGGAGUUGCCUACGAUCACCUGUCGGCCGGACAUCCUGGACAGACCCGAGCCCGUGGUGCUGGCCUUUGAUAUUGAGACUACAAAGUUGCCAUUGAAGUUCCCUGAUGCCCAGACUGAUCAGAUUAUGAUGAUUUCGUACAUGAUCGAUGGCCAGGGUUAUUUGAUAACCAACAGGGAGAUCAUUUCCUCCAAUGUGGAUGACUUCGAGUACACCCCUAAGCCAGAGUUCGAGGGCAACUUUGUGGUUUUCAACGAGGAAAAUGAGAUGCAGCUGCUGCAGCGCUUCUUUGACCACAUUAUGGAGGUGCGGCCGCACAUUGUGGUCACCUACAACGGCGACUUCUUCGAUUGGCCCUUUGUGGAGACGCGAGCCGCUGUCUACGACCUGGACAUGAAGCAGGAGAUCGGAUUCUCCAAGGUGAGGGAUGGAAACUAUCUAAGUCGACCCUCCAUUCACAUGGACUGCCUCUGCUGGGUAAAGCGUGAUUCCUAUCUGCCUGUCGGAUCUCAAGGCCUAAAGGCAGUGGCGAAGGCGAAGUUACGCUACGAUCCCGUGGAGCUCGAUCCAGAGGACAUGUGCCGCAUGGCUGUGGAGCAGCCCCAAGUGCUGGCUAACUACUCAGUGUCAGAUGCCGUGGCCACUUACUAUCUGUACAUGAAGUACGUGCAUCCUUUUAUCUUCGCCUUGAAUACGAUUAUUCCCAUGGAACCGGAUGAGAUCCUGCGAAAGGGUUCCGGCACUCUCUGUGAGACUCUGCUGAUGGUGGAGGCCUAUCACGCUCAUAUCGUGUACCCCAACAAGCACCAGAGUGAGCUGAAUAAGCUUUCGAAUGAGGGACACGUCCUGGACUCGGAGACAUAUGUCGGUGGUCAUGUGGAGGCCUUGGAAUCGGGAGUGUUUCGUGCUGAUAUACCCUGCCGAUUCCGAUUGGAUCCUGCAAUGAUUAAGAAACUCCAGGAGCAGGUGGAUGCCGUCCUGCGGCACGCCAUCGAAGUAGAGGAGGGAAUUCCCCUAGAGAAAGUCUUGAAUCUGGAUGAAGUGCGGCAGGAGAUUGUGCAGGGACUGCAGGGCUUGCACGACAUACCAAAUCGGUUGGAGCAGCCUGUCAUCUAUCACUUGGAUGUGGGUGCCAUGUACCCCAAUAUCAUCCUCACCAAUCGCCUGCAGCCCUCGGCCAUGGUCAGUGAUUUGGACUGCGCCGCUUGUGACUUCAAUAAGCCAGGAGUUCGCUGCAAGCGCUCCAUGGAUUGGCUGUGGCGCGGAGAGAUGUUGCCCGCCUCCCGGAAUGAGUUUCAGCGCAUCCAGCAACAGCUGGAGACGGAGAAGUUUCCGCCACUUUUUCCGGGUGGACCGCAGCGUGCUUUCCACGAGCUCUCCAAGGAGGAUCAGGCGGCUUAUGAGAAGAAGCGUCUGUCGGAUUACUGCCGCAAGGCGUACAAGAAAACCAAGCUGACCAAACUGGAGACCCGCAACUCGACCAUCUGCCAGAAGGAGAACAGUUUCUAUGUGGACACCGUUCGAGCUUUUCGUGAUCGUCGCUACGAGUACAAGGGACUGACCAAGGUGGCCAAGGCAUCGGUGAAUGCGGCUGUGGCAUCCGGAGAUGCGGCUGAGAUCAAGGCAGCCAAAGGCAGGGAAGUGCUCUACGAUUCUUUGCAGCUGGCCCACAAGUGUAUCCUCAACUCCUUCUACGGCUAUGUGAUGCGAAGAGGUGCCCGCUGGCAUUCCAUGCCCAUGGCGGGAAUCGUGUGUCUCACUGGCUCGAAUAUUAUCACCAAAGCAAGGGAAAUCAUCGAGCGAGUGGGUCGUCCUCUGGAGUUGGACACUGAUGGUAUAUGGUGUAUAUUACCCGGCUCAUUUCCCCAGGAGUUCACCAUCCAGACCAGUCACGAGAAAAAGAAAAAGAUCAAUAUAUCAUAUCCAAACGCAGUGCUUAAUACAAUGGUCAAGGAUCAUUUUACCAACGAUCAGUACCAUGAGUUGAGAAAGGACCCGGAGGAUAACCAACCCAAGUAUGAUAUACGCGAGGAGAACUCCAUUUUCUUUGAGGUGGAUGGGCCUUACCUGGCCAUGGUCUUGCCAGCUGCCAAGGAGGAGGGUAAGAAGCUCAAGAAACGAUAUGCUGUCUUCAACUUUGAUGGUUCCUUGGCUGAACUCAAGGGAUUUGAGGUGAAGCGACGUGGCGAGCUGCAGUUGAUCAAGAAUUUCCAGAGUUCUGUGUUCGAAGCCUUCCUGGCUGGCAGCACUCUGGAAGAAUGCUAUGCAUCCGUGGCCAAAGUGGCAGACUAUUGGCUAGAUGUCCUCUACAGCAGAGGAUCCAAUCUGCCCGACUCGGAGCUCUUUGAACUGAUUGCCGAGAACAAGAGCAUGUCCAAGAAGCUGGAGGAAUAUGGAGCACAGAAGAGCACAUCUAUAUCCACGGCCAAGCGAUUGGCCGAGUUUCUGGGCGAGCAGAUGGUCAAGGAUGCCGGUUUGGCCUGCAAAUACAUUAUAUCCAAGAAACCGGAAGGAGCACCUGUAACCGAAAGAGCCAUUCCCUUGGCUAUUUUCCAAUCAGAGCCAAGUGUAAGGCGACAUCACUUGCGCCGCUGGCUCAAGGACAACACCAUGGGUGAUGCAGACAUUCGGGAUGUGCUGGAUUGGAACUACUACAUCGAGAGAUUGGGUGGCACCAUCCAAAAGAUUAUCACCAUUCCGGCAGCGCUGCAGGGUCUGGCCAAUCCGGUGCCCAGGGUGCAGCAUCCAGAUUGGUUGCACAAGAAGAUGCUGGAGAAGAACGAUGUGCUGAAACAACGCCGAAUCAACGAGAUGUUCACCAGUAGACCCAAGCCAAAGCCCCUGGACACUGGAGAAAAUAAGCUGGCGGAUAUGGAGGAUUUGGCUGGCAGAGAUGGCGGUGAAGACGCUUCAGGCCGUCCCAUUGUCACCAAGAGAAAGCGCGUUCAGCUGGAGGAUGGAGAAGAGGAGCAACAAGAGCAACCGCAGCCUACGACUUGGCGACAAGCUUUAGGAGCACCGCCUCCAAUCGGAGAAACGAGGAAAACCAUUGUGGAAUGGGUGCGCUUCCAAAAGAAAAAGUGGAAAUGGCAAUACGAUCAGCGCCAGCGAAGUCGCCAGGCCAGCAAGAGAUCUCGCAACGAGGAUGCUCCCGUGGUGCGAGCCACGGGAUCUACAGCUACUUUGGGAGGAUUCCUGAGACGAGCCCAGCGCACGCUAUUGGAUCAACCCUGGCAGAUCCUACAACUGGUGCCCAUCGAUGAUCUUGGCCACUUUACCGUGUGGGCUUUGAUAGGCGAAGAGCUGCACAGGAUUAAGUUGACGGUGCCCAGGAUCUUUUAUGUGAAUCAGCGGAGUGCAGCGCCCCCGGAGGAGGGUCAAUUGUGGCGCAAAGUCAAUAGGGUUCUACCCCGAUCCCGACCUGUUUUCAAUCUCUACCGGUAUAGUGUUCCCGAGCAGCUCUUCCGGGAUAACUCACUGGGAAUGCUGGCUGAUCUGGCUACGCCGGAUAUCGAAGGCAUCUAUGAGACACAGAUGACGCUGGAGUUCCGGGCCCUCAUGGACAUGGGCUGUAUUUGCGGCGUUCAACGCGAGGAGGCACGACGACUUGCCCAGCUGGCCACCAAGGAUCUGGAAACCUUCAGUAUCGAGCAGCUGGAGCAGCGUCCUCAGUCACAGGUCAAGUAUCUGGCAAGUGCCAACCACAGGAUGCGGAAGAUCUAUCUGUACCAACACAACACACCCACGGCCAAGAAGGAGAUCUGGUCCCUGAUCCUGAUGCCUAGCAAGAAGGGUUACAUCUUCGCCUUGGACACGGUGCGAGCCAAUCAGAUGCCCAACAUGAAGCAGAUGUAUACGGCGGAGCGUUUGGCCUUGCUCAAGAAUCUAACAGCCACCGCUGAGCAGGAGAAGAUUCCUGUGGAGGAUUACACCUUUGAGGUGCUGAUAGAAGUGGAUGUGAAGCAGAUUUACCGGCAUAUCCAGAGGGCUCUGACCACCUACAAACAGGAGCACCAGGGACCCACGAUGCUUUGCCUGCAAACUGCACUGGAGGCCCGAAAGCUAAGCUUGGCCAUGCCCAUUCUGCUGGAGUUCCCCCAGGCCCAGAUUCACAUCUCUGAUGAUGCCAGCUUGCUGUCCGGCCUGGAUUGGCAGCGACAGGGUUCGAGAGCGGUGAUCCGUCACUUCCUUAAUCUAAAUAAUGUGCUGGAUUUGAUGCUGGAUCAGUGUCGUUAUUUCCACGUUCCAAUUGGGAACAUGCCGCCGGACACGGUGCUGUUUGGAGCGGAUCUCUUCUUCGCCCGGUUGCUGCAGCGUCAUAACUUUGUGCUCUGGUGGUCGGCGAGUACCAGGCCGGAUCUGGGUGGCAGGGAGGCGGAUGACAGUCGGUUGCUGGCAGAAUUCGAGGAGAGCAUCAGUGUGGUGCAGAACAAAGCCGGUUUUUAUCCGGAUGUCUGCGUAGAGUUGGCCCUGGACAGUCUGGCUGUGAGUGCACUCCUCCAAUCGAACAGGAUCCAGGAGAUGGAGGGCGCCUCCUCGGCAAUAACCUUUGAUGUGAUGCCGCAGGUCUCGCUGGAGGAGAUGAUUGGCACAGUUCCGGCGGCCACGCUUCCGAGCUACGAUGAAACGGCCCUUUGCUCCGCCGCCUUUCGUGUGAUGCGCUCCAUGGUGAAUGGUUGGCUGAGAGAGGUGUCCAUCAAUAGGAACAUCUUCUCCGACUUCCAGAUCGUACACUUCUACCGCUGGGUGCGCUCCAGCAACGCCCUGCUAUACGAUCCGGCGCUGAGGAGAUCCCUCAACAAUCUGAUGAGGAAAAUGUUCCUGCGUAUCAUCGCGGAGUUCAAGAGAUUGGGUGCCACCAUUGUUUAUGCGGACUUCAACAGGAUCAUCCUCAGUUCCGGCAAGAAGUCUGUGUCGGAUGCCCUCGGCUAUGUGGACUACAUUGUACAGAGUCUGAGGAACAAGGAGAUGUUCCACUCCAUCCAGUUGAGCUUUGAGCAGUGCUGGAACUUUAUGCUUUGGAUGGAUCAGGCCAAUUUCUCGGGAAUAAGAGGAAAGCUACCCAAAGGAAUCGACGAGACAGUUUCCUCAAUCGUUUCCAAUACCAUGCGACCAGAAUCGGAACGAAAUGAAGACGAUGAGGAUGAGGAUGAUGAUGAAGAUGUGGAAAACAGGGAUCCCGUGGAGAUAAUCGAAACCGAGCAGGAUCAGGAGGAGGAGCUCUCCCUGGAACUCAACUGGACCAUUGGCGAACAUUUGCCCGAUGAAAACGAGUGCCGUGAGAAGUUCGAGUCGCUCAUAACGCUCUUCAUGCAAUCUCUGGCUGAGAGAAAGACCACUGAGCAGUCCAUCCGUGACCUAUCCCACUGCGCCUUUGACUUCAUCCUGAAGCUGCACAAAAACUACGGCAAGGGCAAACCCAGUCCUGGCCUAGAGCUCAUUCGCACGCUGAUUAAGGUGCUCAGUGUGGACAAGACCCUGGCGGAGCAGAUUAACGAAUUGCGCCGGAAUAUGCUGAGGCUGGUUGGUAUUGGCGAAUUCUCGGACAUGGCCGAGUGGACAGAUCCCUGCGACAGUCACAUCAUCAAUGAAGUCAUCUGCAAGGCCUGUAAUCAUUGCAGGGAUCUGGAUCUCUGCAAGGACAAGCAUCGAGCCAUGAAAGAUGGAGUACCCGUCUGGCUUUGUGCCCAGUGCUAUGUGGCCUAUGACAACGAGGAGAUCGAGAUGCGUAUGCUGGAUGCCCUGCAGCGCAAGAUGAUGUCCUAUGUAUUGCAGGAUUUGCGCUGUGCCCGCUGCAGUGAGAUUAAACGCGAAAAUUUGGCUGAAUUUUGCACCUGUGCUGGCAAUUUUGUGCCACUCAUCAGUGGCAAGGAUAUUCAGACCCUGCUAAGUACAUUUAGCAAGGUGGCCAACAAUCACAAGAUGCAGUUGCUCCAGCAGACGGUUCAACAGGCACUUAACACGCCGCGGUAGAGCUUGUUAAAUCCGUAGUUUGUAGGUUUUAUCUAAAUAUAUAUGUUAAGCGUUAAAACAUUCUUUUCGCGAUGA